CAGUAAUUACCGUUUUGAAAGUUCAGGGAGUAUGGUAAUCAGUUUUGAAAGACUGCCCAAACAGCAGUUGGUAGGAUGACUUAGAGAAAGGAGAGAUUGUGAAGUUUAGCUCUUGCCUCCAGGUUAUGAUGGCAAAUCACCUUGUAAAACCUGAUACUAGAAAUUGCAAGAGACCAAGAGAGUUGGAGCCUCAAGUGCCAGAUAGUCCACAACUGUCCUCUCUUAGAAAAUCAGAUUCCUCUUUCUUUGAAAGCUCUGGACUAUUUGAUAAAGAUGAAUCCCUGGAGAAAGAUUUGAAUGAUAUGAGCAAGGAAAUUAAUCUAAUGUUGUCUACAUAUGCAAAGAUUUUAAGUGAGAGAGCAGCAGUAGAUGCUUCUUAUGUCGACGAGAUAGAAGGACUCUUCAAAGAAGCCAAUACUAUUGAAAACUUUCUAGUACAAAAAAGAGAGCUCCUGAGACAGAGAUUUACAGUUAUUGCAAAUACACUACACAGUUAAAAGUUGUGUACUUAAAAUAAGCUGAUAAUUUAAACCCAUUAUUGUUGUAAGGAUAGAAUGACAUUUGUGCUCUGAAAGCUGUAGAAAAUGUAUACCUUAAACAUAGAAGGGGAAACACUUUGAAUUUCUUUUCUAGACUUAAAGGGAGCUUUAAACUGGAUAUUAAUAUGUUUUCUUUUGAGGGUCAACUCUUUGGUGUAGUUUAUAAAAGUGUAAGUUAUUUAAAUUAUUAUUGAUUCUUUUUUUUUUUUUGAACUCCUAGUCUUCAACUUCUAAAAGAGGAUGCAAUGAGUUAAUUUGAUAAUGUUUAACAAUAUUGUACUUUUUUUGGGAAUAUUUUAUUUAAGUAGAAGAUGGCAUUGGAGAUAGUUUUAAAAUGUUUUUCAUGGUUAGUAUUAUAAAAAAAAUUAAAACCUAAAUGUGAUUUGUCCAGUUUCUCAAUAUGUAGAAAACUAUAUGUGCUCUUGCUAUUUAAAAUAAUCAUUUGAUUAUUUCACUAUUAGUUAUUAUACAUGAUUAAUAAAAGUUUUUUUGUUUAAAAUUAUUUUCUUGUACUAAAAUAAAAACCAGAAAUAACCAGACCUUAUAUGAGUUGGCUUUUUUAAAAAAGUAAUUUUAUUGAUUUUUUACAGAGAGGAAGGAAGAGGGAUAGAGAGUAAGAAAUAUCGAUCAGCUGCCUCCUGC